AUGGUGCACACCGAACACGCCAGCGAUCAGAAAAAUGAUCUCACGCAGCUCAGACACACUGUCCGGGAUGCCCAGUCUGUCAUCCGUCGCAGAAAGGGUACAAAGGUGAUGGCCUCCGUAAAAUCAUACCCACCCGUACCGGUCACUUACCACCAGCUCAGAUCUGCCGAGAGGGAGCCUCGAAGUCGCCAAUACUUCCACCAACGAACCGUUAUCACCAGGUUUCAUUUCAAGUCGAAUGCUGAGGGCCGAACGUCACACGUUGGUAUGCCAUAUCAACCUAAGUGCACCAGCCCGGCACCACAUUCAGGCCACACCGCGUCCAAACCUCCGUCAGUCAAACCACCACGAAAGCGAGCCAGGGCGAGUUCCGAGGAUCGGUCAUCUUGGUUGCAGGAUGACAAUAGCAGCCAUGUUACCGAACGGUCUGACUCUGCUGAAACAGUCGAGAAUCAGACUCAGCUCAUUGGGAUCGAAGUUCGAGAAUCCGAAAAACUGAAGGAGCAUCUUUUUGAUGCGUUUACCUCCUUUCAGCAGAUCAAUUGCCGGACACUCUGCAAAAGCUGGAUCAGAACCAUAGAGCCGAAGAAACAAGUCAACCAUCCCUAUAACGGGAAUCUCAAGGUAAAGGGAGCUCAAAAAUUCUCAUCUAAUGAUCUCUCAACACAAAAAGACUCGGAUCCCGAGGAAACGAAGCCAAAGUGGUGGCCAUCAAAAGAGGAAUGCCCUCACAAGGAGCCCGAUCAUAUCAAGAAAGAGCAACGCCUGGCUCUUCUCUGUCAUAUCUUGAUGAAUACCCAUCGGCUACACGAGUGCAGUACGGAUGACCUCAAGGCGGCCCUGGAAUCAGACAAAGCAAAAAUCAAACCAGCCGGAAAGGAAGCGAUACUGGAAGAUGUAUGGAAAAUUGGAAGAGCAUUGGAAAACUUCAGAUGUGGCGGAAAGGACGGCACGGCCAUGGUCUACGUCAACGCCCGCAGGGAAGAUGCUCGAACAAUUCGAGGCGGAGGACGAUCAAAAAAGUCUCUGGACGCCAAAGAUGAGAGUGAAGUUGAAGAAAGCAGCCCAGAUCCUGAGAUCAUACCUGCGGAGGCGAAGAUCUUGACACCAACAACCCCGUCCGCUUUGAUAUCUUCUGUUCCAUACUUGCACGCGGACCAGGCUACAAUGGUACCACAAGCUCAUCUUGAUGAAUGCAGCUACGUGGAGAAUCGGUCAACACAUCACUUUCGGCCGCCUGAAAGCAAAGACAGCUAUCAAGAUCAUCAAGCAGGAUAUUCCAUGGCGGCGCAAGUCACCUCAUCGCUGGGCGACAUGUCACAGCAUGGGUCUUCAGAACAUGGCUUCGAUGGGGCCUCUUUCGUCGACAACUCAUAUAGCAAUAUGCAAGACAUUCGCAGCCAUUCAGAAAUUUUCUCACCAGAUGAACAAAUUAUAGGACAGUGGCCUCUUGCUGCCACUCCUGAUCUGUAUCCUAUGCGUUAUACUGGUGAACCCAGCCAGCCACCAGCCAUCAACCCGGCAGACGGAAACCACCUCUUCGGCCAUUACCCUUACCCAGGAACCCACAAACAGCCAUACCGCAGCAAUUUUAACGGAUACUCUGUCGAUAUUCAUGGUCAAUUCGGAGCUGGGUAUGAAGACGAUCUGGCUCGCUUCCAACGAACCCAUACCGGUUCUUUCCCUUCACAAUCCACCCCAAGAUUUCAACCCGCCAGCAUGAUGAGCCAGCAUUCUUACGACCUGCCGUCUCACGUUCGGGCGUAG